AUGGUUCGUCUCAAGAUGUCUGCGAAGGCAACCAACAAAAAUCCAUUGUGGUUCAUAGAUAAACCAUUGGAACAAAGAGAAGAAGAGGAAAUAGUGCCUCAAACGGAGACAAUGGCAGAGCAAGAAGAUGAAAUAAUGUCUGAUCCAGAGAGAAGAGCAGAGCAAGAUGAUGAAAGAAUGUCAAGAGCAGAGAGAAGGCAAGAGGAAUCAGAUGAAGCAACGGAAGCAAAGAGAAGGCCAGAGGAUUCAGAUGAUGGAACGGAUGUGUUACAGCCGUUGAGGAUGUACUUCAGUCCUACACACUAUAGAGCUUCAACAAGGGUUGCGACAUUCUGCUACAUUUACAAGGCGAUGAACACGAUAAAUGAAAUUCUUGAUGCUGAUGAGAAGCGAUGGUUCCAUGAACAUCCCCAAUUCCGUCACUUUUUCCACAUGCCUUUAGAGGAACAACAUAGGAUGCAAGGAAUGUACAUGCUUGUUUUGAGGGCUGCUUGUACGGAGAAGAAGAAGGAAUGUUGGUUUGUAGUCAAUGGAGUUCCAGUGAGGUACUCCUUGAGAGAACAUGCUCUGAUAUCUGGUAUGUAUUGCCAUCCGUAUCCAGACUCGUUUGAUAGAUUGGGAAGCUUAGAUUUUGUGAAGUAG